UGGAGCAAUGUAACGGCCUCUGGCUGCAGCUAUAAGUGUGGCUGUCAGGCAGGGGUGUGGAGAGCCACCAGUGCACAGCCGCACCAUGACUCCCCGCCAGUGGUCCAGCCCAACUCUGGCUCCCAUGCUCCUGGCCUUGCUCCUGGGUGGCCCGGUGCUGGCCUCAGAGAUUGUGGGUGGCCGGCCAGCCCAGGCACAUGCUUGGCCCUUCAUGGUGUCCCUGCAGCGGCGUGGAGGUCACUUCUGUGGUGGCACACUCAUCGCCAGGAACUUUGUCAUGUCAGCGGCCCACUGUGUGAACGGCCUAAACUUCCGGUCGGUGCAGGUAGUGCUGGGGGCCCACAACCUGCGGCGCCGGGAGCGCACUAGACAGACCUUCUCUGUGCAGCGGAUCUUCGAGAAUGGCUUCGACCCCACUCGUCUGCUGAACGACAUUGUGAUCAUCCAGCUCAAUGGCUUAGCCACCAUUAACACCAACGUGCAGGUGGCCCAGCUGCCUGCCCAGGGCCGUGGCGUGGUUAACGGAACUCAGUGCCUAGCCAUGGGCUGGGGCAGGCUGGGUACGAACCGCCCGACGCCCAGUGUGCUCCAGGAGCUCAAUGUGACCGUGGUGACAAAUUCCUGCCGCCGCCGUCUGAACAUAUGCACGCUGGUGCCAAGACGGCGAGCAGGCAUCUGCUUUGGGGAUUCUGGAGGCCCCUUGGUCUGUAACGGGCUUGUCCAAGGCAUCGACUCCUUCAUCCGCGGAGGCUGUGGGUCUGGAUUCUACCCAGACGCCUUCGCACCUGUGGCUGAGUUCUCCGACUGGAUCAAUUCCAUUAUCCGACGCCAUGGCGAACACCCCCAUACGCACCCCAGAGACCCUGAGAGCAGCACCCACUAGGAUCCGCCUGUCCUCCCCCUGCCGUGUCCUCAAGCGCUCAUGACUCUCAGUAAAAGCAACGUUUGCUUUGUA